AGAAAGUUGCACCCACGAAAUUUGACCUCACUCUUUGUUCCUCUACAAGAUUGAAGUUGACAUAAGCUGGGGAGAACGAACAUCUUUGCCCCCAAGAACUGCCUGCCCCUACCGAAUGGGCUGUCGGUCCCGUGGCUCCGAGACAUUCCCUUAAGAAAUUUUCAUCAAUUGCGACGUCUCCCUUGGCCUCGAACGAUACCGAUACGUAUACGCACGAGUGACACGAUGGAUGCAUAAGCGCGACCAAGGCGGUAGAAGUGAUCGCUUUGGAAGCGCUGCACAAUAAGAUGGCCCGUAAAACCAAGGCGAUUGACCACAUGGUCAAUCGCAUGAGCAAGGUGCGGCUGGUGGAUGAGCGCGCUGCCCGACCGCCGCCCGGUGUUCAAGAAGAUGCGCAGGAAGAUGACAAGAAAGCUGUGAAGCGCCAGCCCUUCCGCUUCUUCGAUCUGCCAUCCGAGCUGCGGCUGCGCAUAUACGAAGAGCUUUUAGUCUUCCCCAAGACCAUCGACCUCGACCCUACGAAUUACCGUACCGUUGCCCCCGCCCUCCGCCUCUUCCUCGUCGACCAUCGCAUGCACGACGAAGCGUCGCGCGUCUUCUACGGUCGCAACACCUUCCGCGUUUUCCCCAUACACGGGCGCUACAUAAACCGCAAGCAUCCGCUACUUGCAUGGUUCCCUCGUAAAUACCGCGCACACCUCACGCGCUUGGAGCUGCGACUGGGGCCGGGCUUCACGAAACCGCCGAAAUGCUGGGUCGUGGAUAGCCGGCUCGGCCUGGCGGCGGUGAAGAAGGUGUACAAGCUGAAGAUCUUUGUAGAGAUUGACCCGGCAUCGAACGAGGUGUUUGAGGGCUGGCGCGUAGGGAACAACUUCUAUACCGAGUACUGCGUCGGGCUGCUGAGAGGCUUGCUCGCGCAGGUGCCGUCGAUUGACGAUGUGGAGUUUGACGCAUACCCAAGCGUGUCCAAAGACAGCCCGCUUCUGAAGGGCCUGGUAGAAGAGACCAAGCUCAAUCAGAAGCGCGUUGCCUGGGGCCCUGAGAGGGGCUGGGACAAGAUUGUGGAGGUUGACUUGGCCAGCGUGUUGCAAAAGAUGGGGCUUGGAACUCAAUGAAAUGAGUCUGCCCCAUUGCAUUCCCCGCUCGUGCUGUCAUGCUACGCACUGUACACAUCGCGUCAUUCUUAUGUAUAUUCAUGUAUCAUUCUGAUUCGUAUACCCGAAGUUGCUUGACCAGCUCGCUCUUUCCCUUCUUGCUUGCGGGUGGUGGCGUUCAGCCGUAUCUCGGUGGCGACCUCUCAACCCCGCUCUCACCG